GCGUUGUUCUCUCAUUGCUUGAGCGCUUUCAUUGCGGCUAUCGCGUUGCGGCACUGCGAUUUCCUUCGCGCAGCAGCCGGCGCUCCUUUGGCGACCUUUCCUGUCAUUUGUCGACGCUCACUUCCUUUACUUUGCAAAGAACACAGUCCGGUGCAUAAGUAUUUCCCAAUUUUAUUGAGUAGUGUCGUUUUCCCUAUCUUAUAUCAGCACCUCUGCACAGAGACAGAGAGGUCUGCAUUUUUGGCAACAAGAUAGAUACAGCCGCGUACUAAGACACCUGAAUUACUAGGAAACAGAAUUCCAGAGGAAAGUUCUUCGGCCUAGUUGUUUUAGAAGUGUACACACGUGGUCGACGACUGCGACAUAAGUAUUCAGAUGUUCUCGUCAUGUCCGUAAUGCAGAGCUUCCGUGCGGCCGUCCGACUCCGAUGGAAGAGGAAGAGGUAAGGCGCAAGUAGAUCAUCAAGCACUUUGUACAGCAGUAUCGGGACGAAACUCUACUUGAUCCAAAAUGAAGAGGCGUUCACCAGAAAACUUUUCCAGCUUCCGGGGCCAGCACCUCUGCGUCUUCUUCCUCCUUUUCCAUCAAGCGAGCCCAGUCACCGUCUCGGCUGCAGCGUUCUUGCCUUCCGGGGGUUCCUCCGUGGCGACAAUAUCAGCCGGGCCUGUAGUCGCCUCGUACAGCUCUGGAGCCCACACACCCCGGGCGCCGUAUCAUCUUGCUUCUAGUGCGGUACCAGUGCCAACCGCCUCGCAUGGCGGUUUAUUCACAUCAUCGUCGGCGUCACCGGGUGGUACUACGUCUACAGGUCAUGCGCCGCUGAUAAUACCUGGGACGGUUUUUGGAGCAGCUGCACCUCCUGUGUUCGCUUCUGCGUCGCAACAACAGUUUCAGCCAGGAGCCCCGUCCGCCUUUCUCCGAUCAAACAGCUCCGUGGGGAACACGAGAAGUUCUUCUAGCAAUAGCACCGCUUCCGCAGUCCAGCGCGCACGGAGUCAGCCGCAGCCGGGACAGCUGUUGGGGCGAGCAGGGGCGAUGCCGGUAGUACAAACUACAGGGUCUUUAUCGCAACACCAGCAGCAAGCACAAAGAGCCCCUGCUUCGUGGGCAUACCCUGCAAGAGGACCGCAGCAUCAACAAACAGUGCCUGCUGGAGUUUCCGGAGGUCCACAAACAGCAACACCGCUCCCUGGGGGACCACCUGUUGGAGCUGCUGCGCCACAACUACACUCCCACGGCGCCGCUUCCAGUACCCGCACAGCCACCCCCGCGACCACGCGAACUCACACGCCCGGCGGGUCCAUGCACGUGCCGUUGCGUGGAACUUCAUCCUCCCUGGCAGCCCCGGCUGGGUUAUCGGUACCGUUUUUCGGUGGUUUUUUUGGUGGUGCUCCUCCGCAAGCAUCCGGCCACCAAACUCCCAGCCCGAGUGGAGGAGGUGCUCCUGUAUUAUCAAGGAACUUAUUGCACAACAACGUUCGUGCCAUGACGCCAAACACCAGCCCAGCAGGGUUUGCGCCCAUGGGCCUGCAGUCCAGCCAGCCGCUACUGACAGCAGGAGCUUCAACUGCAGCUACUACUUCGCCGCUAUCGAGUAUGCUCUACGGCGCCAUACCUGGAACUACAGCAACUGCAAGUGGUUUAUCACCAGCAAAUAAAUCUAAAGAGCCUUGCCCCCUCUGCUUCGAGGACCACAACCACCCAAGCGAAGGAAAUUUCGUCUGCCGGCACUGCGGCGCCUUCGCGCACCGGACGUGCUUAAUCCCCUGGAUUGUUCCGGGAAUUCAGGCGAAGGGCAAUUCGGAGCUGCCCCCGGACCGGGGAGACACACCGGCCGGCGAGACGUUCGUGGGCAUGAGUCUCGGCGACGUCCCGGGGAACAACUUCGUCACUUCCAGACAUUGCCCGACGUGCGGGGGCGAAAUUGGCUUCAACGAGUUUUUGCACAGCGUGCGGCCGGGACGGGCGUAUCAAAUUGGAAAAUCCGAAAUUUGGUAUAGGGAAGAAGAGGAGAAGCUGCAAACCGUGCUGGACCUCGGCGUGGAUCUGCUACAUAACACCGAGAAGGCCGCUAUCAUGGAAGUCUCGCGGAUCUCCGCCGCGUUCGCCGCCUGGCGGUCUGCGGUCGAUUUUUUCGUGCGCGACUUGGAGCCGCUACUCGCGGCGGCCGAGGUGAUCAGUAUGAAUGUGGACGAGCUAGCGAAGCAGAUGCAGCAGUUUUCACUCCUAGGAACCAGUACAUCAAACAAUAACGCAGCAUUUGUUUCAUCAUCUCCCCGUCGUGCCACCACAUCAACCACCCAAUCGCUGCUCGACCAGAGCCUCUUGACUUCCGAAAGGGACGCUGCGCUCUACAAGACAGUAGGCAGAGAGGAGCUGGGCAUGGAAACGGACGUCUAUGCCAGGUUUGUUACGAAGUGCCGGAUAUGCAUUGCAAAGAUGUCUGGGUCUGGAAGAAUGCAACUUGUAAAGGUAAUUCUGGCUCAUGCAAAAAUUCGUGUUGCACGAAUGUCAAAAGUUGUCCACUUUUGACGAAGUUGAAAGGAAGUUUCUCAUGCAGGAUAGGCAUGAUAACAAUCCCACAUAAUCUGUCAUGCUAGGUCCUGCAUUCCACAUGACAUGGAUCAUUCAAAAUAUGCAUGACAAGUCUAGCAAAGCCCCAGACAUUUUUGCAUUUGAUACCGGAAGACGACUCCGUUUUCCGCUUCCGAGAGGAUUCAGGACCGGCCGACGGUGAAAGCGUUACUAGACUGCGGCUUGGUGAAGUUUAUGCGGAAGUAUUUGCGGCUCGGCGCCGGGGGAGAUGAAAGUACAGCGUUUGUAAAAGCGGCACAGGACAUGAGCUACGGCUCGAUGCCAACGACUAUCAGCGGCGGAUUUUCCAAAUCGGAAUUGCUCGAGAUACACGUGAAACUGGACGAAUUGCUUCACGAAGAGUGGUCAAAGCCUGUGAACACGAGUAGUGGGUCUAGUGGAGGUGCUGGUGCUGGGGCGGGCAAUGCGAACGUAUACUAAUGCUGUUCUAGUAGCUGCUUACUUUCGAAAAUUUCGAUGAACUUGAUGUUUUUCCAUUUGCACUGCUCGUUUCUUCAUGACGAAAAAGUUCGUACGAGUACGAAGUGCUCGAAUUCCGCACAAACAAAAAAACAGCUUGUCGUCUCGUCCCAGCCUUCCGGCAGCAUUAAGCCAACACCUCCGACGGAGCGGGCGAAAGAGCAGCUCGAAUCGGGCCUCCAGUACGAACACUACAUCAUGAACAGUUUCAAUAAAGCGCUGGAGGAAAUUUAUGGGUUCUCCGUUCUCGAAGCCCUCGACCCCGACUGCAAGCAGGAGCUGGUGAAGUACCUGACACAGCGCGCCUUGCCGUUUUUUCCGAAAUUCAGGAACAGCGAGCAGUUCGAGCUUCUUGUCUACGAGCACUACUGGCGGGUCGACUGGGCGGCGAAAAUUUUGACGCACGACACGCAGUACAAGAACCUUCUGGCAAACGGCCACGUGCCGGUGGGCAGCAGCAGGAACUUUGACCAGAAUCAAAAGUUGGACGAAGUCAUGCGGGAAAAGAAAAGCGGGAAAGAGAAAAUGGAUAGUAGUAGUACUUCUGGCAGAAAUACGGAUCAUGGAACGUCAUCAAAUACUAGCACAACAGGAGGCAAGAGCAGCAGUAAAAAGAGUCAGAAACACAGUAUAAAGCCGAAGAAACUGCCCGCCCUUUCCGUAACCACCGUCAUCAACGCAGGUUCCUUUCUGGCGCAGGGCGUUUCCGCGCGGCAACUGGUCCAGCCUUUGUUCCCUUCGGCCUACAGUUUUUUCAGUGACAGGUCGGGUCAACACCUGUCAGCUGGGAUGAAUCAACCGAAGAUGAGCACCGAGGCGAGCAUCAAAAAGACGGUAAAGAAAAAGAAAAAGAAGGGGUUUGUUAGUUACGUGUGCUGCUAGGACGAGAAAUUGGAGCGCGGUUGUUCUUUCAUACAGAUGAGACCACUACUUCUUGCUGUCGUGUCGGCGCUGCAUUUUACUUCUCGAUAGGAGAAAGACGGCCUCCUGUCGAAGAUCGUUUUUGCACAUUGAUCAUGUUGAGUGGAUUCGUACUUUUGAUGACUUUGCUAAAUUGAUACAAACAAAAUUUGGUUCUUCGACUUGUUCGAAACUGCAUAUGCAAGUGUCACAAGAAUGAAUCUUCCGGCUCUUGCAAACUGUUUCGCCACAUCAAGAAAUGCGAUCGAUCGCUUCGGCUUUUUCUUCGGCCAACUUUGAUGGACAGCUCAGUACUACUGUAAAGAAUAUAGAAAUUAUACCUGCAAAACGCACAGUUGCCUGUUUCUAAGCUACUGAAGCUGGGAAUACUAGAUCACACUACAAAACGAGUUCUCGCCACAACCACCAACCUUUCAUCAACAGGAAAUUUCGAAUACAGAGAAAAUACCUUUCGCACCAUGAUGCCGAAGAAAAUUUCGUAUACCAUGACAAUAGAAAAAUACAAAUGCAUAUGCAAUAAACAAGCAUGCUCGGGAAGUUGGGCAAUGAAUGCGGAUAAAUCGCGCGACUACAACAACUUACUUGCGCGAUUGCAAUGACCAAUGACAACUCCAUGUCCUACGACUUAUGUCCAAUUUUGACAAAAUGCUCCGGAAGAAAGAUGAUAAAAGAACAAGCAAGUACUUUGUUACAAUCAAGUACAACAUCCACAGCGGUUUAGUAGUAUCGUGACUAGGAAGGAU